AUGCAGGACCAAUUUCGCCAACCUGGUCAUCCGUCCCAACCACAGUCUCAUCACCCAAGCCAACCACUAUCGCCCGCUCAUUCUGCCUAUCAUCCAUACCCUCCCAGAGACUCCGUCAUAAAACGAGAGUCCGGCGAAGAUCCGAGGCGCUCAAACUCUGCUGGGGGACAUGCGCCAGACUCUGUACCCCAUUCAACACAUGCUAGCGCAGUCUCGCAUCCUCAACAACCGCCGCCGCCGCCGCCGCAUCAACCCGCAUCAGCAUACGCCCCAGAGGGCCAGCAUCGUCACAUGGGCUACGAAAAUGGACCUUCGGUGCCUCCCAACCCGGGAAUGUAUCGGCCUACCAGUUACCCACCGCCGACUCCCACUCAUCAGCCCUCAUUCGAGUCGCAUGCAAGCUACCCUCAAGCAACAGAGCCGUUCUACGGUGUAUACACAUCGUCCGCCGCUUCAAAGAAGAAGAACACGAGAGCAUCACAGGCUUGUGAUCAGUGCCGACAGCUCAAGGCCAAGUGCGACGAAACAAAGCCCUGCAAAACAUGCCGUGACAAAGGGACAGAGUGCCGAUACCGCGAUCCGGUGCCCAAAGCGACCGACAAGGCCCAGGCCGACAUCCUCGAGGGUAUUACCGUGGUCCAGCACAGCAUUGCCAGCUUGGUGGCGCAAGUUGGGCGUAUGGACAACCGGAUGACCAAGCUUGAAGCUUCCAUUGGCGGCCAUGCCAAUGGUAAUUUUGUGAAGAUGGAUUCUGUCACAGAAGAAGAGCAGCUCAAGACACUGCCGAGAAGCCCCUUCGAGGAGGAGCCCGAGUCUGCGCAUCAAUUUUACAAUAGCGGCCCUUGUCGUGGUGACUUGGACGCCCGUGUCGAGCGUGCCCCCUUGGAACUGAUGGCUGAGGAUGAAUUGGAGGCAGAGCCAGGACCAGUAGUGCCCCCUGGCGAGCCUGCGAUUCCCAUAAAUCACACUACACUUGCCGGGUUGCUUCUGGAGUGGCCGUGCAUAAGUGACAUUGUUAAGCCACACUUGGAAGCUGAGGGCAUUCGUCACAUCAAGGAAUAUCCCAUGAGCCACGAACAAAGUCGCGGCAUUCUUGUUGUAUACGGUCGUGGCGAAGACGCGCAUCCCUCGCGGCGGUUGAUGGAGAAUCCCGACUACGGCCAGCUUGACAUGGGAGAUGAGUCGUCUGAUGGAGCAUCUCCCUCCCCUGCUGCUGAAUGGGGACACCUGGGUGGAUUGAGCCCUGCCGACCAAGCGACGGAGUACAAGGGCGGUGUCUUGGCCAGUGAUGGUAAUCCCGACUUUUCAGAAGACAAAGUCUGGGCGCCUUCGAAGGGCGCCUUUGCUGUAGGUAGCGUAGCCCCCAACCUGGCGACGGAGAUGACGGGGUCGAAGCGCAAAAGGUCGCCCCAACCCGACGGACCAGAAGUUCUUUCAACGCCGACGACUGGGAAAUCUGGCAGACCUGAAAGAUCGAUACAUAAUGCCCUCGUGCUCUGCAUCUUGGCCUUGGGGAAGAUUUGUCUGCACAGAGACCGAAUUUACGACGCCGUUCUCCCGGUUGACCCUUUACCUCAUGGGAGCCCUUCCGCUAGAAACGGAAUACCACCGUCUCCCAACCGGGUGUCACCGCCAAGUACCUCGUCACAGUCUUUCUCUUCAGGAGGUGUAGCGGCGUCCCCAAAGGAAACGGAACGAGGAUUUCAGAGCAGGCGGUCAUCAAUCCAUGGCGGGAGUACGGGAACCUCAAGAGGUGGCCUCGGAAUGAAGAAGAACUACGAGGCUAUUCCUGGCUUGGAGUAUUUUGCGUUUGCCACAGACAUACUCGGGAAUUAUACGGGCGCCUACAAGAACAUGAAGAACGUCUACGCUUUGAUUUUUGCUGGAUUAUACCACGGCCAGCUUGCCCGCCCGAUGGAAAGCUUCGCAUUCAUUCACCAGGCUGGCCAUAAAUUGCAGGUCAUCAUGGGACCAAGCCUGGAUAAGCUGCGUCGAAUCAAGACAUCGGAUAUGCCAAUGAUACAAGAACAGAAGCAUAAUCAAUUGGCUUUGACAUUUUGGACGUGCUUGCAACUGGAAAGCGAUCUUAUUGCAGAGCUGCGACUUCCUCCCUCUGGAUUGCUCUCGUACGAAGAAAAUAUGCCACAUCCAAACAUGAGCUUGCUGAGGGGGUAUGACCAGAGAGUUCUCGACAGUUACUUGGCGCAAUUGUACCUUCGGACGCACCUAAACAGCAUCCAUCGCAUGUUCUACUCCCCACUUGAGAGCACUCAGGAAGCAGAAUCAAAAGAUCUGGCCCUCAAGUUCAAAAAUGUUGGGCUAGUUGCCGGCGCAGUGUCGGGCAUGCGGUGGGUUGCAAAGAGUUACGCCUUCCACGAAGACGAUCCCCCGGCCGACGACUUCCUCGCAGCCCGGCUGCGGGCCAAAUACUGGGGCGCACAAGUCAUCACAUACCGGCCAUUUAUUCGACAAAUUUUGCAGUGGUCGGAGCAGCGCCGGAAGCAUCCAUCGAGUCCGAACCUCGAGGCAGUGUCCGAAUUCCGACGAGGCGUCGCAGCACCCGUCAUCGACCCAUCAGUGAAGUCCCACAAGGAUAUUCAACCGACGGUGAUUGAGUAUGCGAAGCGAGGUAUCAAGGCGUUGAUCGAGAGCACGCGGGCCUUUCACAAUUUGGGACCGAAACGACCCGUCAUUACAAACGUCUUUGGGACCGCUCAUGCUCAAUGGGGAAACCUCUUGACAGUCAAGCACGGCCACAGGUUCUCUAAGAACAGACAUGCACAUACUCGAGGGCAUUCAGCGAGACUUGUUUUGCUCGGCUGCCCAGGUGAAGAUGACGAGAAGCUUCUCAGACAGUACCAACUUACAGGCGCCAGUUCUUCCGAUGGCAGCGCCACCGCCCAUGACGACGCCUAA